AUGUCUGGGGCCAUGGAGAUGCACCCGGCUCAGACGCCUGCAAAGGAAGAUGUCGACUUUGUAGAGAGCACAGAAGCAGGCAUCCCAUCGACAUAUGCAGACAUCGUGUCUUCUCACCUUUCCAAGGCACACCGUGACUAUUUGAUGGAACGUCAUGGAACGCUGGAACUCGAUCCUAUCCCCAGCAUGGAUCCUGCGGAUCCUUACAAUUGGCCGUCGUGGAAGAAAAUUGCAAAUCUUCUCCUAGUAGCGUUUCAUGCGUGCAUGGGCACUUUUGCGGCUGCAGGCAUCAUCCCGGCUUAUCAAACAAUUGCGAGUGAUUUCGGUGUUUCGGUGAACGACGCGAGUUAUUUGACCUCCAUCCAAAUUGCAGUCCUGGGUGUAGCACCGAUUUUCUGGAAACCGUUAUCCAACCGCUGGGGACGUCGCCCUAUUUUCCUCCUUUCCUUAAUCUGCAGUCUCGUCUGUAACGUAGGAUGUGCGGAAAGCACUAGUUAUGCGUCCACGGCCGUUUGUCGGGCUUUGCAAGCUUUUUUCAUUUCCCCUGCCUCAGCGAUCGGAAGUGCGGUGGUAAUGGAGACGACAUUCAAGAAGGACCGAGCACGGUACAUGGGUAUAUGGACGCUAUUGAUUACGCUGGGAAUCCCCAGCGGACCCUUCAUCUUUGGCUUCGUUACGUAUCGGUUGGGCUACCAAUGGAUUUACUGGAUCCUGGCAAUCAUCAACGGUGUGCAGUUCAUCUUGUAUCUCUUUUUGGGUCCAGAGACCCGGUAUAUUGGAGGCGACCAUAACCCCGAACAGCCCGCUUGGGAGUUCUUCAGACCCCUGGGCAUGGUCACACAUCCUUGUGUUGCCAUCCCCACUGCCGCAUACGCCAUGGUGUUCUGUUUGGGCAACGUAAUGACCACUGUGGAAAUACCCAGUUUGCUGCAGACUAAAUUCGAUUUGAAUGCCGAGCAGCUCGGACUUCAGUUCCUGGGUCCUAUCAUCGGAUCUCUUUUGGGUGAGCAGCUUGGUGGUGUGUUGUCGGAUCGCUGGAUGAAUUUACGUGCAAAGAAAAUCCACCGCAAGCCGGAACCCGAAUACCGCCUGUGGCUCAGUUACAUCGGAUUUGUUCUGUGCAUUGUGGGCUUGAUUGUAUUCCUUGUCUGCACCCAAGAGUCGACGGAGGGUCACUGGAACGUAAGGCCGGUGGUCGGCAUCGCCAUCUGCGCUGGUGGCAAUCAAAUCGUAACCACUGUUCUUGUCACGUAUGCAGUGGACUGUUACCACAAGGAAGCAGGUAGCGUCGGAGUAUACAUCACGUUUGUCCGCCAAAUUUGGGGAUUCCUCGGACCGUUCUGGUUCCCAUCCAUGUUCUCGAGUGUUGGUAUAGCACCGAGUGCUGGCAUUUGUGCGGCGCUCGUUGCGGCCGUCAGUAUCAUUCCGACUAUGAUCGUACACUGGCAAGGACGGAGCUGGCGUCCGCCCAUUGAAGAAUAA